CCAAACCAAGCCAAGCCCGUUUGAGCUCGAGUUCAGCUGCCGAAGAUUUACGGGCCCGGUGUCGGUCUGGCAGCUCUAUCAGCGAGACGUCAGAAAGUGUGCCAUUCGCUUACAAAAGCCAAAUACAACGUCCAGCUGGCUUGCGGUGCUGUGGAUAUGCCGUAGCUCUCACUUGCAUUCUUGCGCGCAGCCUGCUCGGUCCGUUUACCGAUCUUGUGCGUACUCGCGCCCCAACACAGCCAAGUUUCGAUGGGAGGUGCGGCUCUAGCUUUCCUGAACGCACUGCUUGCUAACUCCUAACGUUGAACUAUACGCUGGGAAAACCACUACAGCCGCAAGUCUUCGCGGAGGUGUUGGAGAAGUUCGGCAACCCCUGUUGGCAAUUGGCCUUGAUGUAGCCCGUCCUGUGCAAAAAGCAGAGACCAAGCCGCCCUGGCUUGAAUCAACUGCAUUCUCACUUGUGCGACGGACGGGCGAACACUUCGAAUAUGUGCGACUUGAUCGGCACUUCGAGCUUGCUCCACAUUGGAGACAUUGUCUCUCUCUACGCCGAGGGUACCGUCUCCGGUUUCCUGUGCACUUUAGGCCUGGUCGAUGACCGGUGCGUGGUGCAGCCAGAGGCUGGGGAUCUGGCCAUCCCGCCCAAAAAGUUUCGAGAUUGCCUUUUCAAGAUGUGCCCCAUGAACCGGUAUUCGGCCCAGAAGCAGUUCUGGAAAGCAGCCAAGCAGAGUGCCUCCAGCGCAACAGAUGCCGUGCUGCUGAAAAAACUGCAUCACGCUGCCGAGUUGGAGAAGAAGCAGAAUGAGAGCGAGAAGCGAAAGCUGGUGGGAGAAGUGGUGCAAUACGGAGGGGUGGUGCAGCUUCUGCAUGUCAAAAGCAACAAGUACCUGACCGUCAACAAGCGGCUGCCUGCACUGCUCGAGAAGAACGCCAUGCGUGUCUCCCUUGAUGCCAAUGGCAACGAGGGCUCUUGGUUUUACGUUGUCCCCUUCUACAAGUUGCGUUCAACGGGUGACAGUGUGGUUGUAGGUGACAAAGUGGUGCUGACCCCAGUGAAUGCAGGCCAACCACUGCAUGCCAGCAACCAAGAGCUGCCUGACAACCCAGGCUGCAAGGAGGUAAAUGCUGUGAACUCAAACACGAGUUGGAAGAUAUCACUGUUCAUGGAACACAAGGAGAAUGUGGAUGAUGUACUGAAAGGG